AUGAACGCCCUACACCAUCACAAUGUUGAGUCUGGAUGGAGAGUCCUACGGGCCGUUACAGGUCAUUUCGAUCCAUAUACUGUGUAUGUUUUCAAGGGGCAGAAUACCUGUGUGACCGCAUGGGAACAGGAACUUCAACUCUGCCGCAGCCUGCUUUUCCUGAACCUCUCUAACUGCGCACUAAUGAAUAUCAACGCCCUUCUCUCCCUUACCAGCGUUAAACACCUGGAUAUUUCUCACAAUAGUAUCGUACGAUUGGACCAAAUCAAUAAGCUUACGCAGCUAGAAAAUUUGAGGGCCGUCGCGAAUCCCAUUUCCAGAUUCCAGGAUCUCCGAGACCUUUCUGGCCUUCAGAGGCUGAGGGCUCUGUCAUUCCAAAAUGUCGAUCGAAGCGAGGCUUGCCCCGUGUGUCGCGUUGAGGAUUAUCGCUACCGAAUCUACAACCUCUUACCGGAGAAACGUGCUCAUUCCACCACUUCAAAGGCAGAAACCUCAAGAAUCCUGGCAGCGCAGACGUCUCCGAGGAACGGUGGUCUGCUUCUGACGGUUCUGAAAACCCGCCUGCACACUUUGGACGGUCUUCCAGUGCGGCUCUCCGAUCCAAACGCCCUGGUGCAAAAAGUGAUGCAAACAGUUGAAAAUAUGAGCAACAAAACAGCCACCCUGCGGGACCGUAUACGACAACUAUGUGCACCUGUCAUCCUGGACUUUCCUGCCCUGGAUGAAUGCGAAGUAUCCGUGUCUGCCGAAUUCACAUCAUGUGAAGAUGGUCUUCGGUCCCUAAGAGAGGCAACACGAGACGCCAAAGAAGCUAUGGCCAUGUUCGAGAAGCUAAAAGAGUCUUUCCACGAAGGCCAGUGA